GUUCGACUGAAAUAUUGACGGGGCUCCUUCGCUGUCAACACCAACACCCAAGUUCUGCACAUCAACCACAAUGUCUUCGCCGGCGCCACGGCGCACGCAACGUAGCUCUCAGUCUGCUACGCCGCGCAGGCGAGAGCGAAGCAGUCCCUCAGAAGCCGACCCAGCUCAAACUCAGCUGCAGCAGGAAGUUACUGCCGCCUCUUCAGACGAUCAACCUCAUGCUACUCCUCGCCGACUACAGCAGAAUGUAGCUUCCUCGUCACCGCUCUUUUAUCGAUCCUCUCCUUCUAACGGCAUGGCACAUCUCUCGGUGGGAGAACGUUCCGAUCCAAUGGACGUUAGCUCUCCUCCAGUACAGCAAUUGAAUCAAAGUGAAGAUGGCGACAGAACUCCUAGGGCCAGAACACGGUACCCUGGAGACUCCUCACCUAUCCGCUAUGCUUCGAGUUCAAGUCCAACCCGUGCGAGGGAGAUGUCUCAUCUACGAUCUGAACUCUCUGAUAGCAGUGGCCUCUUUGUUCGGUCCUCUCGCUCAGGAGCCCCUGGAGCUUCCGGUAUCAAUCGAUCUCGACGAGGUGACAUCAACUCCGACAUCCUGGGAUCAACGCCUGGCCGCCGCCAACGUCUUUUUGUGGAUGAAAGGGGUCUGCCCGUCCCCGAAGGCGCGCCGGCAUCUGAUACGGGCACCUUUUCGAAUCUCAAUCCAGAUACCUCGGAAGCAGAAGCCCUCGGUGGAUCCUCACAGCGGGUCAUCUGGGGUACCAAUGUCUCAAUUCAAGAUACCAUGUCUGCUUUCAAGAGUUUCUUACUCAAUUUUACGAAAAAGUAUCGGAUGUGGGCAGAGGGAGCAACGGAAGAAGAAACAGAGGCUGCCGGGGAUGAGGCAAACUCCAAGGAAUACGUUGAGAUGAUGGCCACAAUGCGUCAACUAGGCGUGACUGGCCUGAAUCUCGAUCUGAGGAACCUCAAGGCUUAUCCUUCUACGCUCAAGCUAUGGCGCCAAUUGCAGGACUACCCUCAGGAAGUUGUACCGCUGAUGGAUCAGACUAUCAAGGAUAUAAUGGUUGAGGAGGCUACAAAGGAAAUGUCGGAGCUUCGAUCGCAGCGUGCCCAGCGGAGCCAUGGAGCUGCGAGGGCAAGAGACUCUAGCUCAGCGCCUCCAGCGCCUAGCUCGGAAGCAGGCGAAACCCCGCAGCCAGUACAAGAGGUCGAGGAGCCUCUUCCAGAUCUUUUGCAAGACGUCGAAACCCGCACAUACAAGGUCCGACCCUUUGGCCUGGACGAGUCAAUCAACCUUCGAGACCUGAACCCUCGCGACAUGGAUAAAAUGAUCAGCGUCAAGGGUCUCGUUAUCCGAACAACGCCAAUUAUUCCUGACAUGAAGGAAGCAUAUUUCCGGUGCCAGGUUUGUAACCAUACUGUGGUCGUCGACAUUGACCGCGGCAAGAUUGCCGAGCCUACCGCUUGCCCUCGUCAGGUCUGCCAAACGCCGAAUUCUAUGAAGAUUAUUCACAACCGUUGCAAGUUUUCGGACAAGCAGGUCAUCAAGCUGCAAGAGACUCCAGACCAUGUUCCUGCUGGCCAAACUCCUCAUUCGGUUUCUCUUUGCGUCUACGAUGAAUUGGUGGAUAUCUGCAAAGCUGGUGACAGGAUUGAAGUAACUGGAAUUUUCCGCAGCAACCCCGUCCGCGUCAACCCUCGGCAGCGAAGCAUCAAAGGUCUCUUCAAGACGUACGUUGAUGUGCUGCACAUUCAGAAAGCGGACAAGCGGCGUUUGGGCAUUGAUGUAUCGACUGUUGAGCAAGAGCUCUCUGAACAGAUUGUUGGAGACAUUGAACAACAGCGGACUGUCAGCGACGAGGAAGAGCGAAAGAUCAAGGAGACCGCUGCUCGGCCAGAUGUGUAUGAGCUUCUUGCUCGUUCUCUCGCGCCCAGUGUAUACGAGAUGGAUGAUGUGAAGAAGGGCAUCCUUCUGCAGCUCUUUGGCGGUACAAACAAGUCUUUUGAGAAGGGAGGUAGCCCCAGAUAUCGAGGCGACAUCAACGUGCUACUUUGCGGUGAUCCUUCGACAUCAAAAUCGCAGCUCUUGCAGUAUGUCCACAAAAUCGCUCCUCGAGGAGUGUACACUAGUGGUAAGGGAUCGUCAGCCGUCGGUCUUACUGCAUACGUGACGCGCGAUCCAGAAUCACGUCAACUGGUAUUGGAGUCUGGUGCAUUGGUUCUUUCGGACGGUGGUGUCUGCUGCAUUGAUGAGUUUGACAAAAUGUCGGAUGCGACUCGAUCAGUUUUGCACGAAGUGAUGGAGCAGCAGACCGUCUCCAUUGCCAAAGCCGGCAUCAUCACCACUCUUAAUGCACGAACGAGCAUUCUCGCCUCGGCCAACCCCAUCAACAGCAAGUACGAUCCUAACUUGCCAGUCCCCAAAAACAUUGACCUCCCACCUACCCUGCUCUCCAGAUUUGACCUGGUGUAUCUGGUCCUCGACAGCGUACAAGAGCAAAACGACAGACGCUUGUCCAGUCACAUUAUGAACAUGUAUCUCGAGGAUAGGCCAGAAAACGCCAGUUUAUACGAGAUUUUGCCUGUCGAGUUUCUGACUUCAUACAUUUCCUAUGCGCGCAACAACUGCCAGCCCCGCAUCACCCAAGCGGCCUCGGACGAACUUGUGAACGCAUACGUCGAGAUGCGCAAACUUGGCGAAGACGUGCGCGCCGCCGAGCGUCGUAUCACCGCCACCACACGACAACUCGAGUCCAUGAUCCGUCUGUCCGAGGCCCACGCAAAGAUGAGACUCUCUCCCGAGGUCACAGCACAUGAUGUCAUCGAGGCCGUCCGCUUGAUCAAGUCCGCCUUGAAACAGUCUGCCACCGAUGCCCGCACGGGCCUGAUCGACAUGGGUCUCUUGACCGAGGGUACCAGCUCGACCGAGCGUCGCCGCAAGCAGGAUCUCAAGACUGCUGUCGUCGCCCUCCUCGAUGACAUGACCCGCCGAGGUGGCGCCGCUAGAUACGCUGAAGCGUUCAAACGACUCACAGAGCAGAGCAGCACGUCCGUUGAGGGUAUUGACUUUGCUGAGGCUCUGCGUGCGCUCGAACAGGAAGGUCAGAUUAUGAUAUCGGGAGAAGGUGCUCGGAGAAGCAUCCGACGCGUUACUGGGGUUGCUUAGACUAUCAUUAUAUUAUAUCAUUGUUGUUGUUGUUGUUGUUUAUGGUUGAUAUCAUGUGUAUGGCGAGGGUUUUCUUUUUUUUUCUUCCUUUUUUUUCUUUUGUCAUUUCAUUAACUUUUCCUUUCUUCUCUUUUUCGUCUCCUUUUUUUAAACCAUUUCUAUUUUUAUUAGGGCAUUAUACAGCUUAUCGAAAGGGGAGGGGCAUCAAGAGGCGCGUGCUCGGGUUUUUCCAUCAGAACAUUUAUUAUUGAUCAUUGAUCACUUGAUCUUGCCUUGCGCUAGGGUUCUAUUUAGAUUUCAACGAAUGGUAUGCAUCUCUGUUUAUUGAUCCUUUUUAUUUAAAUAUUUGUCUAUCUACACAUCCAUCUUUUAUUUUUUAUUCGUUUAGUUAUUUAUUUUUAUCGAUCCAAUAUUCUUUUUUUAAAAAAAAAAAAUAUAUAUAUUGAACUGAAACUCAUGUGAAAUAGCACAAAAUCCUUGUAUACAGUAGGUGGGGGUUU